CCUCCCUGAGAGAGAGACCACCAAACCAGAGUCUGUUUCCAUGGACUAAGGAGUGCGGGUGCAGACAUGGUGACCUGCAGGCCUGGGUGCAUUUCUGAAAGGGGUUCUGGAGUUGAAAUGGGAAAGUUCCCACAGAGUACAGGGCUCAGGAUGGGUGUGGCAUGGCCUCUCCUGAGGACUGGAAGGGUCUCAACAGGUGUUGAAAGCCCCUGUGGUAGCCAGUGGAUCCGGGGUGACCCCUGCCCAUGCUCACUCCAUCUGAACAUCCACGGGGCCCCCUCCACAAGUCAACAGCCAGAGUCAGGAAGAGCCGCAGCUUGUUUUUGAGUCUUGAACUCUGCAUCCUGCUCGCUGCAACCUGACAGCCCAUCAUGCCUGGGCUAAGGGAAUCUUUCUGCACUCGGGCCUGAGCCAAGAAUGUUGUAAACAAGCAAAGGAGGUCCCAGGGCUGGGACCAAAGAAACUCAGGCGCUGCAGUCUGUCUUCCAGGGAGACAGCACUGCCUGCUCCAGCUGGGCCGGGGUGGGUCCCGCCAGCCUGGCUGAGUGCCUGAGGUGGAAGCCUGUGGGGCUGCCCAGUCAGUCCGCCGUGCAUUUGAAGGACUGGGCUUUGCAGCUCAUGUUUCUGGCUGCUGAGGGGCUCCCUGGAGUAUGAGCUGGACUGGGCGUCAGGAGCUGGCUCAGCUGCAGGAUGUUUUGGGUGUGAGGACAGACGGUAAGGUAGUAUUACUGCCUGGGGUCUUUCCUACCUUUUGGGAGGGCCAAGCGCACUGUUUGCUACAAAACACCUUUUUUCUAUUAACCAAGCAUCCUGCCCAUCUGGGGAACAGGCUGAGGGCCUGACAAGCAGGGAGCCAGGCUCCUGCCAACAGCCAAAGAAUCCACGUUUCCACAGGAUGGAAAGAGCCCCUGGGAAGCCAGAGCCAGUCCCUCCCUGUUCAGUGUUGACGACUGACACGAAAAGCAGGGAACGCCUGAGCAGCCUGCAGUGGAAAGUUGGAGCCAUGGUGUGCGGCAGACGGGUACAGGAGCAGAGAGUAGCUGGGGAGAGUAAGACUCAGAGGAUGUGGUGGGGCAUGGCGGGGAAAAUGCGGUUCCUGGCUUGGCUGAUGGUAGCCACUGUCCUCUUCCCUGGGAUGAUGACAACCCAGCACCACACAGGGCAGCCCACGAACAGCAGCAGCGUGGGAGGUGGCCUGCAGGAGCCAGAGGCCCCGGAAGUGAUGUUUGAGCUGCUCUGGGCUGGGCUGGAGCUGGAUGUCAUGGGGCAGCUGCACCUCCAGGACGAGGAACUGGCAUCCACACAUCCAGGCCGCCGACUCAGGCUCCUCCUGCAGCGCCACGUGCCCAGUGACUGGCAGGGUGCUGAGCAGCGGCUGCGGCGGUUCCAGGACCUGCGCACGGGGCCUCCUCUAAGCCCUUGGGACUUUGAAAAUCUGCUCCUCACAGGCCUAUCCUGUGUCUACCGGCUCCACAAGGCUCUGGAGGCUGAGGAGAGGGCUCGCUGGGCACAGGUCUUUGCCCUCCUGGCACAGGAGACACUCUGGGACCUGUGCAAAGGCUUCUGCCCCCAGGGCCAGCCUCCUUCUUUGGGGCCCUGGGCCUCAAUCCUUAACCCCUUUCCCUGACCCUCCCCUUUCCCCUGCCAGCCCCCCAAUCCCCACCCCCAAGCCAGACUCAUCCUGGGCAGGGACUUCCAUCUGGCACCUGGUUCUUCCCCCUGUGUUCAGGUCUCUGGGCUUGGCUUGCACCCCGGACCCCCAUUUACUUCUCCCGCUUUAUCCCCCCUGGGUCCUGAAGACUAAGAGCCUGGGCCCUGGGUCCUGGGCGGCAGGCACCAAGUUAAAGGCAGGACUUGCAGGCACUGUAUGUGUGUGUGUGUGUGUGUGUGUGUGUGUGUGUGUGUGUGUUGGGGUCGGGACUGAGAAGUGUGUUUGAGAUGCUGAAAGGGAAGCUGCCCCUGAGUAUGGCAGGUCAGACCCUCCAAGCCCUACCCUGGCAGUAAGAGAGAGCAGAAGCCUUCCAGGAGCCCAGCACCCAGUCCUAAUUUGGACACCCCUUUGAGCCCAACCUCUGAUGUGGGGUCCCUGAACCUCAGAAUUCCCUCUUUGGGCUGGAAGAAUAGACUGGACAUUUUAAAUUUGGUCUGUGGGGUGUGUGAAGGGAAGCAGGUGGGAAAAUACAUAUGGGGGCAGGGAUGUUUUUUGGUCCAUCUCUUCGAGGCUCAGAUGAACACCUCAGAGGACGGAAUGGGGCUGGUAGGGGACUGACGGAGAGAGACAAGUGGAGGCUGGCUGGCAUACACCCUCACUCUGUGUAGCUCACCCUAUAAAAUGUUCUGUUCUGGCCUUCUGCCUCCUUCCAUGUCAGAGUAAGCUAUUUCACCCUCUGCCUGAGCAAAUCACCCUCCCUGCCUGUCCUAGGAGGGCAGGAGCUGGGGCGACCAGGUACCGCCUGCUCGCCCCAUUCACGCGCCCUACUGGAAGAAGCAACGUGCUGUUUCCCUAAAUCCCAUACCUCCGAGAGGUAGGAGGGCGUUGCCCUUUGUCACAGAGAGGAAUCAGCCAUCAGUGGGCCCUAAGAACGCCAUCGAAGGUCAGCGGGGAGGAGUCAGGCAGAGGAACUGACUGGAAAGGGACAUGAAUGGGGGACCCACAACAGGUUAGGUGUGGAGGCAUCACUCGAAUUCCCAUCUC